AUGAAAAACGCGCCAGCACGACGUAUGACUUGGUGGCUGUAUGCGCUCGACAAGACGAACGCGAUAGUGACGACGCUGACGGCGGGCGUCCUGCUCUACACGCGGUCCGCGGGCGUCGCGUACUUCACCGCGGGUGCGGUCCUCUGCUCGCUCACCGUCAAGGUCCUCAAGCGGUGCCUCCGCCAACCACGGCCGGUCAUCACAGUGAACGGCAAGCGGAAGAAGACAUACGGGAUGCCGAGCACGCACUCUGCGGUGAUCACGUACUUCGCGGCGUAUAUCACCCUCGCGUGCGCGUACCUCCCGAUCCACCCCUCGCUGCCCGCGUCGCCCGCGCUCUCGCGCGUGCUGCCGCCGCUGGUGGUGGUGCCGUUGGCGAGCACGAUCGCGCUGUCGCGGAUAUGGCUCGGGCACCAUACGUGGCCGCAGGUCACUGUGGGGGUCGCGCACGGGCUGCUCUUCGCGCCGUUGUGGUUCAAGUUGUGGACAGACGGGUGGAGCGAGUACGGGCGGAUGGUGGAGGAUGCGAUGCCUAUAUGA